UUUAUUCAUCACAUUGUAUAUGCCUUUAGUUCAUUUCUAGAUCCUUAGUAAUAUAUAAUGUGCUAAGUAAUAAUAGUGAUGACAAAUCAGCAAAGAAGUCAAUCAUUACAGAUGGUGUGAUAAGGGAGACAGAGCAACCAAUGACCUGUGUGUCACCAUGAAACCCUCUCGUGGAGGAAGAGAAAGUGUUUCAGUUUGCUCUAACACUGUGAAGACUCACCUGCAGACAACUUCCUGCAUACAGUAUAGUAUCAUGAAGACACGUUGCAGAGUAGUGAGAGGUUAGAACUAACACUAACCCUUUAAACCACAUAGUCAACUAAAAACUCACUAACUAAUCACCCAUUGGAUGACAAAGCUGUCAUUCAUGGGUUAAGGGGGCGGGAAGAAAGGGUUUUAGUCCUUAUGUCACGGUCACAUGGAUUCUCAUGCGGUAGAGACGCGAGUCAGAGGGAGGCACAGCAGCGCUCCCAUCAGCCAGCAGCACAACGCUUACGUCCCAGCCUGUAUACGCUCUUGAGGCGAGGCUAUUGACGGUCCUCUGCAUGGCCACAGAGCCUCAGGAUGUACUUAAUGAUCACAGCCAUGAAAGCUCAGAUUGAGAGUAUUCCCUGUAAAAUCUGCGGAGAUAAAUCAUCAGGGAUUCAUUAUGGUGUUAUCACCUGUGAGGGAUGCAAGGGUUUCUUCAGGAGGAGUCAGCAGGGCACUGUGUCUUAUUCAUGUCCUCGGCAGAAGAGCUGUCUGAUCGAUCGUACCAGCAGAAACCGCUGCCAGCACUGUCGCCUGCAGAAAUGCUUAGCAGUGGGCAUGUCAAGAGAUGCUGUGAAGUUCGGCCGGAUGUCUAAGAAGCAGAGGGACAGUCUGUUCGCAGAGGUUCAGAAACACCGUCAACAGCAGCAGGAGGAGAAAGUGAGUGAUGCGACAGAGAAGGGGCGGGAACCUCAACCUCCUGGAGAGGCAGAGCCACUCACGCCCUCUUACGCCCUGUCCACCAAUGGUGCCACAGAACUCCCCAAUGACCUCAGUGGCUACAUGAACGGUCAAACCCCAGAGGAGGGAAAGGCGGAUUCAGCGAUUGGUGGAUUUUACCUGGACAUUCAGCCCUCUCCAGACCAGUCAGGUCUAGACAUGGAUGGCAUUAAACUAGAACCAGUGUGCGACCUCAGCCCGGACUCUGGCUUAGAUCAAUAUUGUUGCUAUAGCAACGGACACUCUUCAACUCCUGACAAUGACCUAGAACAUCUGUCAGAGAACAUCUGCAAGUCUCACAUGGAGACGUGCCAGUAUCUUCGAGAAGAGCUACAGCCCAGCAACUGGCAGACAGUUUUACAGACAGACGUGGACGCGUACCAAAAGAAGUCUCAGGAGGACAUGUGGCAGCUGUGUGCGGUUAAAGUCACUGAAGCUGUGCAGUAUGUGGUUGAGUUUGCCAAGCGCAUUGAUGGAUUCAUGGAGCUGUGUCAGAACGAUCAGAUCGUGCUGCUCAAAGCAGGUUCUUUAGAAGUCGUGUUCGUGAGGAUGUGUCGGGCAUAUAACUCUCAGAACAACACUGUCUUUUUUGACAGCAGAUAUGCUGGGCCGGAAGUCUUCAAAGCAUUGGGUUGUGAUGAACUUAUCAGCUCUGUGUUUGAGUUUGCGAAGAGCCUGACCUCUCUACAGCUCAGUGAAGAUGAGACUGGCCUGUUUUCAGCAUACGUGCUGAUGUCUGCAGAUCGUUCCUGGCUGCAGGAGAAGACCAGAGUGGAGAAACUCCAGCAGAAGAUCAAGAUUGCCCUCCAGAACCUCUUGCAGAACAACCAGAGAGAUGAGGGAAUUCUCGCUAAGCUUGUCUGUAAAGUGUCCACUGUUCGGAUGUUAUGCCGUCACCAUAUGGAGAAACUGAACACAUUCAGAGCUCUUUACCCAGAAACGGUCCACACACGCUUCCCUCCGCUCUAUAAGGAGCUGUUUGGAUCAGAAUUUGAGCAGGUUCUGCCUCAGGAGGCCUGAUAGAGACUUAUCCUAAUACUGCACAGAUUCAGAAAAUAGAGAUGGAGAGAGAGAGAUAAUACUAACAUGCUGACAAGAACUCUAAGCUCACUUCAGCCUCAGUUCACGUACACUUCAUUCUCACAAAGCUCUUCUCAGAGUCCAGCUACACUUUGAACUUGCCCCAUUGGUCGUGCACCAGAAGGCUGGCGGGCUGAAGAAGAGGAAACUUGAGAUGCGCGAGAAGAAAAAAAAACUGGUGAUGUCUUGUAAUAUGCAUCAGAGCGUUCCUCCAUGCCACAGCUUCAUCUUUCAGCCUCCUGUUCUGACUGAAUGAGAUCUCAGUGGAAACGCCCACUGCAUUUGACUGCCCCAGCGGCGCCCUCUACUGGCCAUAGACAGUAAUAGGUGUCUGACUGGGGUAGACGAAGUCAGGAAAUGAACGUCUGGAGCUGAAAUCCCUGUCUUUCCUCUCCGGUGCCACAAUCAACAGCCCACGUUGGUGCUAACAUCCCAGCACUGCCCUUUACUGACCUCUUCCAGUAUACACAAAUUCAGCAGGGACAUCAUUUGGCGAAACCACUGCCCCAGCCGCAGGAGAAGACAGUGGACAAGGCAUGACAUGGGACUCAAACUUUGAGACCUGAAUCACUAUCAUACUGAAACUUUUAGGAUCAAAUGGCACGUUCGGAGGCAGUGAGCUCAAAUACUUGCAUAUAUACUUGUUAUAUGGUUAGUUAAAUCAUGCAAUGUAUGAUGUAUAGAACCUAACGAAAGGUAGCACUUUGUGUUUUUCCCAGCAAUAAACGAUUUCAAUUUAAUUAGU